AUGAACCGAUCUGUCCCCGGCACCCGAGUCGCAUCCGGUUCGCGCCCGAAGGCGAUCCACAUCCAGAAGCAGGCCCCAACCUCAACCUUGGCAUCGAUCACCCGUCGGACACUGUUUCUGACCAUCUUCAGCGCUCUCUUUGUGGGUGUCUACCGCUGGGCGGACGCAGUCAAGUCGCGAUGGUACAUAUUCGAUCCCGCCGAGGUCCAUCAAAUCGCCCUGGAAGCCAUCGACCGAUACCCCAAUUCGACCGCGGGCGUCGUGCACCAUAUCAUCAAGACCUUCGAGGCCCAACCCAAACUGAAGGCGCACAUCACCGUGAACCCGUUUCCAGAUCCCAGCCAGAGCGCGUCGCCCUACCCGUCAGAAUGGGUCUUCAACAAUGCCGGCGGCGCGAUGGGCGCGAUGUACAUCAUCCACGCCUCGAUCACCGAGUACCUGAUCAUCUUCGGAACACCCGUCGGAACCGAAGGUCAUUCUGGCCGCCAUACCGCCGACGAUUACUUCCAUAUCCUUGAUGGCCAACAGACUGCUUUUGCCGCGGGUAGCUUGCAGGCUGAAGUCUACAAAAAGGGCUCGGUCCAUCAUCUCAGAAGAGGUGAAGUCAAACAGUACAAGAUGCCCGAUGAUGGGUGCUGGGCUCUGGAAUUAGCUCAGGGUUGGAUUCCUCCGAUGUUACCCUUUGGGUUGGCCGAUUCAGUGCUGUCUACUUUUGACUUGAUCACGGUCUAUCACACCAUCAGAAUCACCGCUCGUGAAAUAAUCAGGAACCUGUUGGCUGGAAAGAUCUGA